AUGGUGAACUGGGGAAUCAUAUCAACUGGCGAUAACGCUACAAAAUUUGCCAAAGACCUCCUCAUCAACCCAUCAACAAGAGGCGUCCACAAUGUCACCCACAACCUAACCGCCGUCGCAUCCUCAACCUCAUUGCCAAAAGCCCAGCACUUCCUGUCUGCCGUAGAUGCUCCACCAGAAACAGCCGCUUACGGAUCCUACGAGUCCCUCCUCGCAGACCCCAAUGUUCAAAUUGUCUAUAUCUCCACGCCACACUCGCACCAUUUCCAGAAUGCCCGUGCCGCUUUACUCGCGGGAAAGCACGUCUUACUUGAGAAGGCCUUCACGGUUAAUGCAGCUCAGGCGCGUAGUCUCAUUCAGCUCGCUCGUGAGAAGAAUCUGUUCCUCAUGGAGGCAAUGUGGACGCGUUUCUUCCCACUCAUGCACUAUGUCAGACAGCUCAUCAAAGAUGGAGCCAUUGGAGCUGUGCAGCGAGUAGUUGCGGAUCGAAAUUUAGGGAGGGAUGUCGAGAAGCUCUACGGGGCGGAGCAUCGAUUAGUGAAUCCUACACUGGCGGGUGGAGCUUUGCUCGAUUUGGCUAUAUAUCCCCUGACGUGGAUCUUUCAGAUCCUGUAUCAUGAUGGUCCACUAGCCUCUGCUACUGUCAGGUCACCACCAAAUGUCUCUAGCUCGGUGGUCAAAUACACUCCAACGGGAGGUGUGGCGACGGCCAGCCUUCGGGUCACUUCGGACCCAACCGACCCUGGGGUGCGCAUCUUAGGGGAUAAAGGCCAGAUACAGGUCUUUGGACCUGCUGCACGGCCGUUGAGCAUUGCGCGCAUUGCAUAUGGGGAACAAGGUCCGGAGAUAGUGGAGAGGAAGGAUUUUGAAAUUCCAGUUGGACACGGAUUGUUCUGGGAGGCAGAUGCCUGUGCUCAAUACUUGGUUGAGGGGAAGACCGAGUCAGACCUGAUGCCACUGGAAGAGACGCUGCUGAUUAUGGAAGUCAUGGAUAAGGUACGGGAGGAGCAUGGGAUUAAGUAUCCGGCUGAAGUCGAGGCACACUAA